CACCGCCAUGUCCUAUGACUUCUAUGGCAUCGUCAUGCUUUGAGUUCGAUAUAUCGGGAAUAGUUCGAUCAAGAAUCGCUUCAGCAGAAAUCUGGUUGUACUGGAACGGUCAGAGUUCAUCCACCUCUUCCACAAAUCAUACCUUAAUAAUCUCACAAUUAUCAGGACAUGGAUUGAGGACUAGUAGACCAAUCUUAAACCACCACGUUCCAGCCUCACAACCUGCGGGAUGGAUCACCGUCGACAUCAAACACACUGUACGUAGAUGGCGCUCUCAUUCCCGCCUUGAUCAGGUGGUGAAGAUCACGUGUCCAACUUGUGACUCUAACGACAUUUUACCUUUCGCGGCCGAAGAAAGCUACCGGCCAUUUAUCGUCGUUCGCGUCGCAGAGGAAACGACGUCGCGACGGCGACGGAACGUCAAUUGCGACGCAAACACCACCGAAUGUUGCCGUCAAAUAUUCCGCGUUGAAUUCCAAGACCUAGGAUGGGACUGGGUGAUUUCCCCGCGUGGUUUCAACGCCAAUUACUGUCGGGGGUCGUGCGCAAGCUUUAACAGCCCGUCACUGACGCACACGAGCAUCAUGCACACGGCAAGAUCGAAAAAACCUGAAUACAACAUUCCUAGACCUUGUUGUGCGCCCAGGAGCUCGGGGACGCUUUCCAUGAUCUAUAUGAACGAAGAUGGCCAAUUCUACACCGUGGACAUGCCAGAAAUGAAGAUCCUGAGCUGUGGCUGUUCGUGAGGGCGCUAUCCACUUCCGUCGACAAUGCUGUGUUUCUUUAAAGUGUAAGGUCCUGAAAUGCAAAUGCGGUGCUUAUACUGUAUAAGAAAGUUUUGCAUUGAAUACAUGACUGCACCGAUAGCUUCCGAGCGAGCAGAGAGAUGCUCUUCUUUUCGAUACUGAGCUGGGAUUGUUCGAGUCUCGGUACAAAUCCCGCUGGUCGUGUAACUUCACUGCAUAUGGAACUUGAUGAAUCUAAUUGCUUAUUCAGUUUUGUACGAGUUCUGUUGUUAUUCAUGUAAAGCAUGUAAAACAUUUGGAUUUCUAAUAUGUACUAUUGUUCGUAUUAGAAGUCAUUUCUUAAUAAAUGGAAACGUUUUGAAUUGAAGGCACGUUAAGAUGAGCCCAGUUUCCUAUCUGUUUCCAAUAAUAGGAAAAGGAACGUUCUAUUAUUACGGAUGCCGCGAGGAACUACCUGUUUUAAGCAUAAUAGAUUAUGUCGAGGGAAUAUGUGUCUUAAAGUUACAUAUUAUCAAAUUUGAAUGCCAAUGUUUGAAGCCAGUUUAUGUUGCAUUUUUCUCAGUGGUUGCCAUAUUCCUUGAUUAACCUUGGUGAAUUUAUUGGUAAAGUAAUAUGUAUGGAAAAUCUCCUACCCUCCUUGAAAAGUGUAAGGCAAGCAUAGGCUCUCAAGCCUAUACCAAGGCAAAGCCGCAAUGUUGUUGCCUUGUUAUUGCCAAAACGGGAAUGUAAUCACUGUCACAGUGGAGCUAUGUGUGCUAUAGCGAGAGAGUGUUAGUGAAUAAAGAUGAUAAUUGAAGUCUUUCAUUAAAUGGGGCAAAUAUAUAAUUGCUCUAGGAAUUUAUUUCGAACACAUUCUUUUAAGAAUACUCAACAUCAAUUUUUGUUAGAUAUAAGUAAAGUUUCUUGAGGGGACAACUCCCAUCAGUUCCUAUUAACUAAAAUGCCCCCUUGAAGUUCUUCAUAUCCUUUGGUAAUGAAAAUUUAUAUCUUUUAUCUCUUGUACCUUUCAGAGUUACCAUGGUAACCUACAAUUGUAUACUUUCCAUUCCAGUGGGUGUAGGUUUUUAAGGAAAAAUAAAGCGAGUAGUCAUUUCCGUGUGGGUGCUCAUAAUGGUAAUUUAUCUUUUCCAGUUUUUCCUUUACCUGAUCACCUUAUUAUUACACAAUGAAUGUUCCUAUUGUUAUAUUUUUCAUGGGAUUAUUCUCCUUACCCGUAAUGACUCUAUGACGAGGUACUUUCCCAAAACAAAAACAAAAAAUACUACUGAAUUGAACGAUUAAUUUUGUGACGUAAGGUGGUGAGGUCACAGACUUGCAUACAUGGGGAGUAUAAUUUAUUGUAAGAAUCACAGUCUCAUAAUGUCUUUAAGUGGUAUGUUAAAGUGUGCUGUGUUUCGAUGAUGGGGCAUAGUUAAGAGAAAUGUGUCGCACAGUGUAGAAACAGUGGGGCACAGUUGCAAGCAGUGUGAACAUACCAGAAAGCACAGUUGGAAAUUAUGUGAAAACGAUUGGAAAAUGAUCAUGAACGUUCAUCUGUGUUGGUUGAAAAUAGCGAAAAGUUGAACUUUUGUUCUCAACACUUCUCAACAUACCGAGGUAAUUUUUCGGAUUUGAACAAAAGUUCAACUUUUCCUAAUGAUUAGAAAACAAUGUUAACGAGCUUGCAAAACAAUGUGAACACAAUGGGAAAACAAUGAACGUAAUCGGAGAACAAUUUAAACACAAUUGGAAAACAAUGCGACACAAUAGGAAAAUAAUGUGAACCGGUAUAUGGACAACGGUGUGGACACGAUUUGAAAAAGAAAAUGUGAACAGAGUGAAUAUUGAAUGUUCAUACUGACUGUAAAGAUAUUUCCGAAAUAAUACAGACGGUGUAUGUAACUAUUCUGCCACGAUAUGGAAAUCUUUCAAAAUUAUAUUAUCUAUGCAAGUGUGAUUGUCGCAUUGUUUAAUGACUUUAUGAACACGGCUUCUGCUGUAUAAACACAAUGAAUGUGUUGAAAAAUUUACUUAUUCAUAAUUAUUUUUGAUAUACAUGUGACACUGUGUAAAGAGAAACAAUAAUUGUUUCGUGUUUUAUUUCUUAAAUGUACCUUACACACUGCGAUAAUUAUUGAUACUUAUUUACAUCAUUAUUGUGCCCCUAUUCAUGUCGACUUAACCAUGGUCCUGGGAACCGGGGGGGGGGGGGUGCUGGGGGUACUGGAAUUAGUUUACAGAGGGGGGAGGCUGAGGGCCAUGGACCCCACCCCCCAAAAAAAAAAAUCACAACUAAGAAAAAAAAACAAGAGAAAAGGAAAUAAUGUGUCAAAGUCACAAAAUUUGAUUUUUGCAAUAAAAAAAUGUCAAAAUCUUUCCGUUUGCUUCGCUCACUCAAAACAUUUUACAAAGUUUUCUUCAUACGCCAUAUCUGGCCCCCUCAAAAAUUUGGCUCAUUGCGCCAUUAGGUGUGGGAUGCUAGAAUAUAGAGAUAUGACUGAAAUUCGUUCAUUUUCAUGUUAACAAAUCAGAACCCCAGAACCCUCUGUUUACAAUUGAUCGCAGGCCCCUAAAGACUUAAUCCCCGCCUAAUAAAAAAGAAUAUACGCGUAUGCAAUGCAAGUCGACUAUAACAAGGGAAAGGGUUCUUUCAUGUUUAGUCCUACAUUCAGUGGUGUUGGCAUUAAAUAGCAAAGUGUAGUGAUUAUUUCGUUUUUUAUAUUCAUAGAUGCUUAUGUGUAAGCAAUUGUUAUCAAGCCUUUUUACGAAUUCAGUAUUUAUUAGCUUUUAAAGCUUCGUAUUUAUUCACAUUUUAACUAAGUCGCUCACAUGUGAAUCAAAUGAACUGUAUUUUUUUUUGGUUUCAUGCCACAGUGUUUGUGUAUGUUAGACGUGCCAAUUUGAUUGGUUUAAUGUGUGUAUGCUUUAAAAGUUUAUUUUUAUUCUCGUCAUUUUAUUAAGGUCGCGAAGCAUAGUACAAUCUUUUCAAGUAGGCGUGACAUGAAAAGUCACAAAAGUUACAUGGCAUAUCAAAAUACAUAGACAUAUUGGACACUGGAUUUUAUAAUACACACAUUUAUCUUCAUACUGCUAAUGGUGUUUCUUUUAACCUUGGAGUUCGAGGAAAUAAGAUCAAGGCAUUUUUUGAUGACCACCCUUUCACCGUACACAGUAUAAACGCUGUUUAAAAUGCUUGUACAACAGUAGUUGUCUAAUAGUUUAAACAAGUGUUUAAAAAUUAAAACAACCAUUCUCGAGUCGAUCUAUUGAAGAUCAAACAGAAAUUUAACUUUAUUGUUUAAGGUUUAAUUAACAAAUGUUUAAAUUGUUAAAACAACUACUGUAAAUUUCAUGUAGUAAACAGUGUUGUAUAUAGGAAGUGUCAACAGUAUUUUUAUUGUGUGGAAGCCAUGCAGAAGCUAAAUAAAGACGCAGGAAUAUCAUCCAUCGUGACUUAAAAUUUGCCUUUCAAAGCAGAAAUGGCCGAGGUGAUUCGAAACCAAAUGGUCCUUGAAAGAGAGCGAUAGAUGUUUAAAAACAUGUUUAUUUCCUUUAUCAAUUUCCCUAGUCCUAUAUAUAACGUUUUAAUGCAUAACGUAACAAAUGUGAUUAAUAUGUGAUAGUUUCGAAUCCUAAAUAUAGAUCGAUAAGUUUUUAUUUUGGUUCAGUAAUUUCGGUCUAUGUAAUAACAUGGAUAAUGGAUGGAUGGGGGGGGGGGGGGGGGGUUGUCGAGAUGCAUGACAAGUUAACAUCUAGAGAUGAAUCAUUUUCAAGAUCUUUGAUUCUGUGUCAAUUAUUAUUAUUAUUUAUGGUUAAAAUUUACGAUUAAAACGUCUGAUUAAAGAAAGUUGGUCACCUACAGAAAUGAAAAAUUGUGUAUUUUUUUGUAUUCUUGUUGUUGGAAUAAGAACAUGUGUUAAGCAAGGUAAAGUAUUAUAACAUAGCAGGAUGCAAUUUUCAUAACAUGGCUUAGUACUUUCUGGUAUACAAUCACUUAAUUUGUAAUAAAAGACAUCAAAAUUCUUCUAUUUUAGGAAAAAAACAUGUAUCCGAGAGAGCGCAUAAACUAACUUUAUGUUCCUUCAAAUUUCGAUUAGUGUAAGAAAAAGGAGACGACUCAUUGACACAUUACCAAUUUCCUUUGAAAAUUGUAUUUCAAUGCUUUCUUUCUAAUCCACUCUUUCUCUUUUCCCCUUGGUUGGUUGGUUGGCUGAUAAUGAUUUUGGCAAAUCUGUCAAUUUUGAUUAUUUUUUGUCUUCUUAUACAUAACAACCAGAAAUAGUUUUCGUUGUGAAGUUCUGUUAUCAACA